AUGUGGAAGAGGCUCAAUAAUCCAAGAGGCAGUCAUCCGCCGGCUACUCAAGAACGGGACAGAUUCAACGGAAAUAUGAGCGGAGAACCUGGGUUGGGGAUUCAUACGGACGAGAGAAGAGCUCCGCCGCGGCCUCCAAGAGAAGAUAUGGAUCCCAGAGGAUUACCCCGUCUGCCAUAUGAUCCCAACCCACCCCCUCCUCCCGAACAUCGAGACUCCAAAUUCAGACCUGCGUCUUCAAUCUAUUCACAACCCUCCCCCAACCCUGUGGUUACCCGGUUCCAGAACUCGUACGCCAGUUAUCCUGAAGAAGAGGUGUCUCCCCCGAGUUCACCGGAGCUUGAAAGACCGUUGGAUAUCAGGAGUCAACAGCACGAACCCGACGUCUCUCCCAUUGACGAGAUGCCUGACGUUUCUCGGCUUGGUUUGGGCAGACCACCGAGUAGACCUGGUUCAAGUUCCAAGCCGUCAAGCAAUAUUCCUGUCCUCCGCCGAGAGAAGAGACGCAACCAGGUUGCAGCGGCUGCUGAGAAUAUUGUCCAACGAAAGGAGAUCGGUGAUGGUCCAAAGGGGAGAAUUGCUCGUGAUCCUCGAUGGGACCCGUAUACUGGAGAAAUUACAACGAGCGAUAGGGGAAAGCCACAAUCAGCAAAGCCAGGACAAUUUGCAGCUCCCGGACUUCGACCUGUUCAUAGGGACACUGGCAUUGUCUUGGGAAAUGAAUCAAGCGUCACUAGCGGAGUCAAAGCACAUACAUCUUUCGGGGACAGGGUUCGAAAGUUAAAAAGCAACGAUACCGGUCCUGGAGAACGACCAGAAUGGAGAGGAGCUACAGGUCGACAAACUAUUGUUUCUCCUGUCAAGGACCAAUUCGACAUCCCACCCAUCAACAUUCCUCGAAAGAGCAGUAAGCGUGUUGCUUCGCCCCAUUCUGGAACCCAAUCUGGGGCCUCUACCCCUGUGACUAUCAUCCGAUCUGGUGAUGGUGAAACGAGCCCUGCAUCAACGCAUAUGCCAGAGCACAUCGACCCCACAAUACGAACCGUGCUCUCCAAUAGUGGCCAGAAUAGUCCACGCGUCGUAGAGUCUCCCAGCACCAUAUCACCGGAUCCUGUCGUCGCUCCCCUCUUCUCGUCGACCAGACGUGGAAAUACAGAUCCUGUACCUGCCUCGAGAGUGGUUCAAACACCAAAGGCCUUCGAGAGGGAAGAUACUUUGGCUGGCAUUGAACGAAACUUCCGCGAGGCUUUCAAAGGAGUUUCAGUUCCAGAAGUUGAACCAUACGAGCAACCACCCUCUCGCUUCAGCGUUACAACCUAUGCUCCAUCUGAAGCACACAGCACACCUCGACCAUCCGCAGAUUCUGAACGUCCAGCAAUGCCAACUCCCCCUGCAUCCUAUGCUUUCCAAGAGCCUUCCACGAUCCUCGAUCGCAAACGCCCCGCCAUUAGCGGUUCCCCUUCAUCGAACAUCUCCCGAAAAGCAGUAAACCCCUCCUCACCGGUAUUCAUCAGCAUGUCUUCCUCCAUCGCUCGCAACAAGCGUACAUCUACCGCAUCCUCCAUCUCCAAAACCCUCCCGAUGUCCCCAGCUGAAGCAGCGUCCCACGAUCUCGUCACACAACUGCAAGCCCAGCUCGACAACCUCGCUCAUCGCCGGAAUAACAUCACAAGAAGCAUCCGCCAGAUGACGGAGUUGAUGCCUAAAGACCACGUUAUCUUGACCGAGGAAGUGCGACGCAAGAGAGAAGACGAGAAGAGGAAGGUUGAGAUGUUAAGGGAAGAAGAGGCAGACGUCCGGAGAGAAGAACACGAUAUCGGAUUACGGUUACAUCGAGCGUGGAAGAGGAGAGAUAAGGACGCUGUUUACGAACCAACUGGUCUUUGGGUGAGGAGGGUUACAGGGUGA